AUUGCUUAGUUUGAGUAUAGUCGUAGAUAAUUCUUUAAACAAUUCCAACCAAUUUAUUGUGUUCGGUAGCAAUAUACUAAAAUGGUGAAAAUAACUGAGGACGAGUUCGGUGUUACAAAACUGCCGUCGUCAACAGUCCCGGAAAUUGUGAAAAGAUUUACGUUUGCCAAUGCAAAUGGUGUGACAGCUCAGGUCAUUACAUACGGAGCGGCGAUAACGUCGAUUAAAAUCCCAGAUAGAAAUGGAAUCGUUGAAGACAUUGCUCUUGGUUUUGAUGGCAUGAAUGGCUACCUUUCGGCGAACAAUCCAUAUUUCGGGGCUACAAUCGGUAGGGUAUGCAACCGAACACGCGAAGGCAAAUUUACGCUUCAUGGAAAAGAAUAUAAUUUGGCCCAAAAUAGACCACCUAAUCACUUGCAUGGUGGAAAUAUUGGUUUUGAUAAGUUUAAUUGGUCGGCUGUUGUAAAUGGAGAUAGGGUUGUUAUGACUCUUGUGAACGAUGAUGGUUUCGAGGGUUAUCCAGGAACGGUACUAACAUCUGUCACCUACGAGCUAACAGACAGCGAUGAAUUUAAAGUGUCCUUUACUGCCACUACUUCUAAACCGACUCCCAUCAACUUGACAAACCAUUCCUACUAUAACUUAGCUGGUCAUGGCGCUGGCUAUGAAGAACUGUACAACCACUCAAUUGCAUUAAAUGCUGAUAAGUACACGGUGACUGAUGACACAGCUGUAUCUACAGGUGAAAUUCAUUCUGUUGCUGGUACUCCCUUUGAUUUGAGAAUUCGUCAGAAUUUGGGUGCCGCCUUGGUCAAUCUGCCUAAGCUUGGAUUCGACAAUAAUUACUGUGUCACCCAAGGGACAGAACAACAGUUGACUUUUGUUGCAAGACUUGUGCACGAAAAAACUGGCAGAUCCAUGGAAGUAUAUAGCGAUCAACCCGGAGUACAAUUUUAUACUUCAAAUUUCAUGCCUGACCCUGAGAAUAACAUCUAUCCGAAAGGGAAGACAGCAGAACCGAAGGCUGUCAAUGUGAAUCAACCAAUUGCUGGCAAAGGCGGCGCCCAAUAUCAAAAGCAUGCUGGAUUUGCACUUGAAACACAGAAGUAUCCAGAUUCGGUGAAUCAUGCUAAUUUCCCCAGCAUCAUUGUUCUUCCGGGCGACGUAUAUAGACACAAUUUCGUCUAUAAGUUUGGUGUUGAAUGAUGUGAGUGAGAACACGUUUCGUCAAGUGUCUGGGUUAAGUAACACAUGUCAUGACGGUUGGGGCUGCGGCAGGCUAAGUUAAAUGACUUAUUUGCUGUAUUAUCUACAUAUCAAUAAAGCUUGCAAUCCACUUCAAGUUA